GAGAUUCUCACGACGUCUCACAUGCCAGCACUGAGGGCCUCUUGUUCUUCACUCACUUUGCACGGCUGUCGGUGGUCGCGCGUGGUGAUGCGUGCACCAGACCCACGCUAGUGCGUCGCGUUGUUUGUGACAAUCUCGCGUCGCUAAUCAAACCCGCACCCCUUUCGACACAUGGCAACUACCGUGCUUUACCCCGGCCGAUGAAUCUUCGAAAGCACCGGCCGAACUGCUCUUUUGCAGCUCCACAGCGCAUGUUUGCACCACAACACCACCGCCUUUGACUCCCGAGUCUGCAACCAACGUAAACAAUCAGCAGCCGUCGACCCCCUGUCGUCCCAUCAUGGAUUCGAUGCCCACACCCCCACCAGAGCGAAGCUCUUCGCCAGAACCUUGGGCCACACCGGGCCUCGCACUGAACGCAGUGCCCCAGCUCGACCGCUCGGUAUCGACUGCUUCGAGCGUUUCAUCUCGCUCUGUGGGCUCGCGACUCUCAGAGAGCGGCAUACCAGGCAAGAGGCGAGGCUACAUGAGACCGGAAGGUACCCAAUUCUCCGACUCGGCAAAGAACAGAGAAAGUGUCAUGAACCUGGGAACCAUAGCGCAUCUCCAGUACUACUUUGCUCGGACUGGGCUGCUCGAUGCAGCUACGGGACGAGUCGCAAAGUCAAGGAAGUCGGGUUCAAGAACUCCCAGCGGAACGGAGGCAGGAGGCGACGUUACCAUCAUGUCGCCAGUGUCGCCAUCCCUAGCUGCCUACGAGUUCGGGGAGUCUCUCGUAGAAUCGCCCGCCGACGAAAUAGCUUCCAUGGAUUGGGAAGGCGGCGAGCCCAUGAUGCUGCCACCUACCGUCAGCACAUACAAGCAGAAUCCAGUAUACGUACCUCCACCCCCAGACAUGACGGUCCUGCGACGAGAAUUGCGCGAGUCCCUUGACGAAGCCAACAAGCACUUGCAGGAGCUGGAGAAGGGAUUCACAAAGGACAGCCCUUUGGAAAACGGCGGGUCAGGUCCACGCUCGGCUGACGCGGCAGGAUGGCACGAGAUUCAGGGCCUCAAUCUACUGGACGUUACAACCCUCGCGAUCAGAGCUGCAAAGAACUACUAUACUGCGCACGAGGAGCCACAACGACUUUACGCCAUUAAAACAGAGCGACAGAUUCGCAAGGAGCUUUACGAAGUCUUGGAAGUGCUGAAACGCUUGGCUAUACGCAACUUCGCCAAUGGUGUCCAGCCAUACGAGGUAAUCCAGAUCAGGCAGUGGAUCGAUGGUAUCGGCGAUCUGCUUGACACUGAGGAAGAGAAGGAAAGACAGGAGCAUGCAGAAAGGGAAAGCUGGGCCUGGCGCGAAGGUGACUGGUCAGGCAGAGAGCGUGAGAGGGAGCUUUUGUUCCUGAGAUCUUUCGAAAACGACACAGAGUCUCUGCCAGACUGGACUGAACCCACCGAAAGCGAGCCUGCGACGCCAUUCCUCCAGUCUUUACAAAACGGCCUCCGACUGGUCCACCUGCACAACAGCCUGGUGAGAAAAUCACGUCGACACUUUGAAGAGAUUAAGCAUUAUCACACCGACACAGCAAAACCGUAUCGAUGUGCCGACAACCUUCGAUACUGGGUCAAGGCUGCAGAGCUGCGCUGGGACAUCAAGCUGGACAUGGACGUACUUGGCAUCGUCCAAGGCAAAGACCUCACUGUAUGGCAGAGGUUCGAUGCUGCCGUUCUGCAGUGGUGUCAAAGCGUUCGCGAGGAAAUCACUUCUGAAUGGUUGAAACAGAAGAACCAACAACGCGCACCAACCCUGCAUAUACGCAACCCAAGCAUCGAGGCCGCGAUGUAAGUGGACUAUAACGCCUUGCUGUUGCGGUACUUGGACACCUCUACGGAUAUUUCUAUCAUCUCCUUAGUUGUCUUCCCCCCCUUACAAAUACUUAAUUUGUACAAAGCCAUCGACUGCGUCGUUGUCGUUUUGGAGUCAGAGGCGCGUCUGCAGGGACUAGAAUAACGCUGAGACUCGACGAUUACGCAGUCGAUGACCCCACAUAUUUUCUCCUCGUCCAGAGGAAUCAGAUACCCCAUUUUGCAGCACAAGCAUCAUUUGCAGUAGCGUAGCAUUUACAUAGCCACAAAGGUCAUGGAUUUUUCAUCACAC